AACGCCUGUUGCGCAUUCCCCAUUCUCCAUUCUCCAUUCUCGAGACAGAGUUUUUUUGGUUGGAAGGAGCAACAUUAUUCGUGGUCCUUGUCCAAUUGCAUGUAUUCACUCACUCUUGCUCUAUUCUAUCUAACUUGGAUGACAUGUCCAUUCCUGUACGCCUUAUCCGACUACGUAGAACUGGCAGAAUCACGACUAUCACCGUCCUCCUGGAUACAGGGCAUCUUCUUCGGCGUGGGUCAAUCUAAUUCACAUUGCCACAUCAACGUCACCCGUAAACAGCUCCAGCCUUGCCCCUCCAAGAAUACCCCUCAUCAGGCUUCGAAAACUUUUUUUUUAAUGCGCCAACCAUCCACAUUUUGAUGGCGGUGCAAGGAUCUAGAUAGACGGAGUCAACGAAACCCAGUCCACUGCGCUAAUGUAUGCAACCCGUGGAUAUGUCUCACCUACAUGGUUCUCCGUCAUGUCCAGGCAUAUUCACUCACACGACAAUUAUGGAAUUCUUAUGCAUAGCCGCCGCCCACUAAUUCAGGACAGCAUAGUCCGGGGGUCUCUUCGUUACCAAAAUUCUGCUUCGUUUGACAAUCAUAAACACUUGGCUAGCCAUAGGGGACUUCAUGCAGCCGUACAUCAAUGUUUAGCAGUAUAGUUCGGAAAUACUGAUCUCCAUUCUCUG